AGCUCGAGGAAAACUCUUUCGCUUCGUCUCCUCAGGUGCACCAGAGAUGCACAAAAUGUAAGUCACCUGGCAUUUAACGAACAGAAACCGAUACGUUUGUAAUUUCUGCCGUAACAUUUUAUCUAGAAAGGCCGUUAUAUCCACGGUUUAUUAAGGACAAAUAUCUAACGAUAGCCGUUGUGUGAAGUGUGUGUUUGUGACUGCAACGCUCGCGCAGUCGCACUGCCUACGAAUUACAGUAUAUCACACCCUGAUAGCAGCAAAAGCACCCGUCAACACGCACUGGAUUGUCUCUGUGGAAAUGAGGUGGUUCGGCACCACGGUCAUGCCGACAUCAAGCCCGUGAUUGAGUAGCAGUGCUUCAGGCCCUGUCUGAGCCUCCAGCACCCCACCAGACAGCCACAGUAUGUCUAGUUCAGGCUUCUCCCCCAGCCAGGGGUCCUUCAACAGCGAGCAAAGCCGAUAUCCACCACACUCAGUGCAAUAUGCCACACGCCACCAACAGGAGUUCGCCGUUCCAGAUUACCGUACACCCCUGCUGGACCUGCAGCGUCGCAGACCUUCACUGCUAUCAGAAUUCCAUCCCGGGACAGAAAGACCCCCGGAGAGAAGGCAUGGCUAUGAGCAACAGUUUCAUGCCACCCCUUCUCAGCAGGAGCAGGAGACACUGGAGGCGAAACGUACUCGCAUGGAGAACGUAACAGAAUCACACUUUCCACGAGGUCUGUCCACCAACAGUGCUCUAACCUCUCCACAUACCAUACUGGACAGCAUCAGGAAUACUGGAGAUGUUAAGAAGGAAACUCAGUUCAGUGUGAAGGUGGAGGCCUCAUCCCCAGGUGGUGUUCCUCAGAUGGUUGAAGAUGCAGAUGCAUCACCUUCCAAACUUUCCAAGGAGGAGUUGAUUCAGAGCAUGGACCGGGUGGACCGUGAAAUUGCAAAGGUCGAGCAGCAGAUUUUCAAACUCAAAAAGAAACAGCAACAAUUGGAGGAGGAAGCAGCAAAGCCAGUAGAGCCAGAAAAGCCAGUGACGCCGCCCCCUGUGGAACACAAACAUCGCAGCAUCGUCCAGAUCAUUUAUGAUGAGAACAGGAAAAAGGCAGAAGAAGCCCAUAAGGUACUGGAAGGGCUGGGGCCUAAAGUGGAACUGCCUCUGUACAACCAGCCAUCUGAUACUAAAGUCUACCAUGACAACAUUAAAACGAAUCAAGUGAUGAGGAAGAAGCUGAUUCUGUUUUUCAAGAGGAGGAACCACGCUCGCAAACAGAGGGAGCAGAACAUUUGCCAACGUUAUGAUGAGCUGAUGACGGAGUGGGAGAAAAAAGUUGAGCGAAUGGAGAACAAUCCUCGCCGUAAAGCCAAAGACAGCCGCACACGUGAAUACUACGAGAGGCAGUUUCCAGAGAUCCGCAAGCAGCGCGAGCAACAGGAACGCUUCCAGAGGGUGGGCCAGAGAGGGACAGGUCUGUCUGCCACCAUUGCAAGAAGCGAACAUGAGAUAUCGGAGAUCAUUGACGGCCUUUCGGAGCAGGAGAACAAUGAAAAGCAGAUGAGGCAGUUGUCUGUCAUUCCUCCCAUGAUGUACGAUUCGGAGCAGAGACGUGUGAAGUUUAUCAACAUGAACGGUCUGAUGGAAGACCCCAUGAAGGUCUACAAAUCUCGCCAGUUCAUGAACGUGUGGUCUGAACACGAGAAAGCACUCUUUAAAGAGAAGUUUGUGCAGCAUCCAAAGAACUUCGGGCUGAUUGCUUCGUUUUUGGAGAGAAAGUGUGUGUCGGAUUGUGUGCUGUACUAUUAUUUGACUAAGAAGAGUCAGAACUAUAAAACACUUGUUCGACGCAACUUUGGGAAUCGUCGACGAAGAAAUCAGCAGUUAACGCGACCCUCACAGGAAGACAAGACCGACGACAAGAACGAGGAAGACAGAGCAGAGAAAUUGGAGAAGAAAGAGGACGAGGAGAAGAAGGAAGAGGAAGAGAAAGAUGAAAAAGAGGACUCAAAGGACAUCAGCAAAGACAAAGAGAAGUGUGAGGGAGAGGAGGAGGAGGGUAAGGAGCAGAACACGCCACGUGGACGCAAGACCGCCAACAGCCAGGGUCGACGCAAGGGCCGCAUCACCACUCGCUCCAUGGCCAAUAAUGAGGCUGCAUCAGCGGUUGCCGAGGAAACACCUCCACCUCUACCUGAACCAGUUCUGCCAGAGCCGACACCUCCCGCUAAACCUGAGCCAGUGCAGAAACUUGUACGAGAGUCUGCGAAACCCACUCCUGUACCCAGCACAGACACACGAGGCGCAGUUGAAGCUGGAGAGACGUCUCGCUGGACGGAGGAGGAGAUGGAGAUCGCCAAAAAAGGUCUUGUUGAACAUGGUAGGAACUGGUCUGCCAUCGCUAAAAUGGUCGGCUCUAAGAGCGAAGCUCAGUGUAAGAACUUCUACUUCAAUUAUAAGAGGCGACACAACCUAGACAAUCUACUGCAGCAACACAAGGGAUCCGGCCGGCUUCGUGGAAAUCGAGACCCGUCACAGAACGACCCCAUGCCAGAGGAUGACGACGAGAGCGAUGGGCCCGAUAACAGUUCGGACACAGAGAGUGCACCAUCUCCCUCUCAAGCUGAUCCCACCAGAUUUUCCGACUCGCUAACUCAUACCAGCUCUGCUGUGGACGGCACUUCAGAACACGAGCCCGCUACCACCAAAAGCCCGACAGUAGAUGCCAAGGCCCAGGAAGCUCCGUACAGCGAGAUGCGAGUCAAAGUGGAGAAGAGUCCGGAAGGAGGAGCCGGAGAUGGGCUGUUUCAGGAAGAGCAGGCGCAGAUGGCGUACCAAACUCAGAUCCAUCCAAAGAGCGAACCGCAGGAUGUGGAGAUGAUGGCUCCAGCAGAAAGAGGACAGGUGCAGGUGAAGACCGAGCCGGAGGUUAAGGAUAAAGAGGAGAAACAGGGAGAGCAGCACCAUUCGGAUAAUGACUCUAGCGCCACCUGCAGUGCAGAUGAGGACGUGGAGGCUGAACCUGACCGACAGAGACUUUUCUCUCUUGAGAAGCCGUCUUUGCUUGCCACUUCGAGCUCAGUGGUUGUGUCCUCAGCCAAUAUGCUCAACAUGCAGCAGCUGCAGCAGCGGGCCGCCACCAUUCCUACCAUGGUCAGUCCCCACAGCCCCUACCCCCACUUAUCAUUCAGCUAUGCCUCUGUGGACAGAAACAGGGCCCAGCCACCCCGCCACGUUUCAGCUUCGUUUGGUCAGAGUGGCGUUCCUGUCGGGACUCCGUUGAGCGGUUAUGCCAUGUUCCAGCACCAAAUAAAAGCUGUGCAUGAGUCCGCGCAUCAGGAGGACAAACAGAGACUGGACCAGAACGAACCGGACCGCAGACCCCGAGUCGCCACCCACAGCCCUGUUUUGCUGGACAGAGAAGGUAAGCCGUUUGCUUACAUGCCGUUUGACCUGAAGUUGAUUGAACAAGAGUGUCACGGUGCAGCUGUCAGACCUGGCUCUCCGUAUAGACUCUCUCCUCGGGAACCCAGCAAAGCUUCACCCCAGCCUGAUGCCAGUAACCCCACCCGCUACAGUGUGCCUCCAGUUCUUCAGCCAGCACCAAACCAGACGAUUCAAACCCCUUCAGAUGUGCGCAUGACGUUCUCGCGUCAUCGGCCAGCCAACAUUCCGUCUCCUCCGCCCCUCAUCCCCACCUCCAAGCCCACAGACAAGCCCUCCUUCAUUCAGGGGGGCUCCAUUUCACAGGGAACACCAGGGACAUACCUGCCUUCUCAGAUGCACGCUGUGUACGUUCCAGAGGUAGUGAAGACUGCAGGAGGGUCGAUUUCGCUCGGCUUGCCAAGACAGCAUGACCCUUCCAAACCUGUGUCAUAUAUUAAGCAGGAGGAAUGCUCUCCACGGGGACAGAGUGCUCAGGCUGAGGGACUCUUAUCAAGAGCUCAAUAUGAGGGUGUGGUAAGAGGAGGACCUUUACAGAUUCCGGACAUGAGAGGUCCCCCUGGUAAAGGCCUAGAGAGUUUGACUUACCGAGGAGGAUCCAUUACACAAGGCACCCCUGCCUUGACUCAGCCCAAUGUAGCAGCAGACCUGUUGAAAGGCACUAUAGCUAAACUGGCCACUGAGGACCUAAGUGGUCCUGAGAAGAGUCGAUCUGAAGCCCACUCCAAAGCUCAUGUCAUCUAUGAAGGAAAAAGCGGGCACAUCCUCUCUUAUGAUGCCAUUAAGAAUCCAAGAGAAGCCACCAGAAGCCCAAGGAUGGGUCAUGACCUCAAACGCACGUAUGAUAUUAUGGAGGGGUCCCGUGGACACCCGGUGCGGGACACGGCACCUUAUGAGGGCUUGAUCAGCAGAGCAUUGCCGAGAGAAAGUCCACAUGAGUCUAAGGACCGAUCUACACUCGCUGGAUCCAUCAUGCAGGGAACACCAAGAGCUUCUGCUGAAGUCUUUGAUGAGACCUCCAAAUACGGCAAACAGAUCAAGAGGGAGAGUCCACCCAUCCGUUCUUUUGAGGGAGGCAUCAGCAAGGGUAAACCAUACGAGGGGGUGAACAUCAUCAAUGAGAAGGGCCGCUCGAUUCACGAGAUAUCCCGAAAGGACCCUCAGGAUAGCCGCAAAACACCCGUAUUGGAAGGAUCAAUUACUCAGGGUAUUCCUCUGAAGUAUGACGGCAGUACUGUGAACCUAUCGGCCAUUAAGCACAACGUUAAAUCCCUAAUCACAAGCCCACUGAAGAUAUCCCACUCCGCUAUGGAGGCUGAGAGAGCCCAGUACGAGGACAUGAAGGCGUCAGAGCGCGUCCGCCACACUUCCGUAGUAAACUCCACUUCUGUCCUGCGGUCCACACAUACAGAGGCAGGAAAAUCUCAGCAUAGCCCAGGCAUGUAUGAGGACAGCAAUGCACGGAGAACCCCCACCUACUCCAACACCUCUUUAUCCAGAGGAUCUCCUCUACUGCGUCCACAGGAAGAAAACAUAGCAUCAGGUAAACCAGUUUCUCACGAGAGGAAGAGCACAUUGACUCCGACCCAGAGGGACAGUGUUCCCGCCAAGUCACCUGUAUCAGGUGGUGACCCUCUCGCUUCUCACAGCCCGUUUGACCCGCAUCAUAGACCUGUGGUACCUAGUGAGAUGUACCGAACUCACCUGGCUCCUCAUCUGGACCCUAGCCUCGCCUUUCACAGAGUCCUGGACCCAGCGUACAUGUUCCCACGGCAACCAUCGCCAACCGGUUAUCCCAACACUUACCAGCUCUACACUAUGGAGAACACUCGGCAGACCAUUCUGAACGAUUACAUCACCUCGCAGCAGAUGCAGGUCAUACCGCGGCCUGAUGUCAUGAGGAGACUGUCACCACGCGAAUCAACCAUUGCCAUCCCUUACCCACAAUCUAGAGGAAUAAUUGAUCUAUCCCCGAUGCCUACCAUCAUGUUACCUCACCCUGGGGGCACAGGUUCCCCCUCCCUGGACCGCCUCGCCUACAUCCCUGGACCUCAGACCCCUUUCCCUCCUAGGGCAUUCAACCCUGCCUCCAUAUCUCCAGGACAUCCUGCGCAUCAUAGUGCCACAUCAGCCAUUGUGGAGAGAGAAGGUCAGCGAGAGAAGGAGCGAGAAAGAGAGCGGGAGAGAGACAGAGACAGAGAAAGAGAACGUACAGCAAUGGAAUAUAUCCGUGCAGGUUCUGAGCAGCCUGUGCGACCAGUCAGUCGUGGUUUCCUGCGUUCCCCGUCACCCUCUAUGAGGUCACAGGAGGGCGUCCUCCAGCAGCGGCAGAGCAUCUUCCAAGGCCCUAACAAGAGCGUCAUCACCACACUCAUGCAAAUGCCAUCACAAGCAGCUGCAGCUCAGGCCAAUUCCCGAUACAACAAUGCAGCUGACGCUCUCGCUGCACUGGUGGAUGCAGCUGCCUCCGCCCCGCAGAUGGAUGUUGCUAAGGUCAAGGAUGGAAAGCACAACAGCGGCAGCUCACGUGAUGACGACGUGAUGUCAUCAAGGCGGGCAGCACAAGAGUCACAGGAGGCGGAACGCCGUUCCAUGCAGUCACCCUAUGGGGACAUGUCACAUCCUGGUGGGAAACCUUCUCAUCCUGUGUAUGCUGAGGGGGGAGGAGCUGCAGGGAGCAAAGAAAAAGCCCCACCCACUAAAUCACAAAUAGAGGAGGAGCUACGCACACACGGGAAGACCACCAUAACUGCUGCAAACUUCAUUGAUGUCAUCAUCAAGCGCCAGAUCGCCCCAGAUAAGGACACUCGUGAGAGAGGCUCACAGAGCUCAGACUCCUCAAGCAGCUUGUCGUCAAACCGUUAUGAGCCACAAGGUGGGAUUGAGGCCAUCAGCCCAGCCAGCUCUCCAGCCCAGAGAGAUGAGAAGAAUGAGGGAGCGUUCCCAUCAGAAAAGAGCUCUCAGCCAGCUUCAGGUGGACUGAGGUUUGACAUUAAUCGGUACAGAACAUCGGUAGAGUCAGGUCUAUCUGCGCACCAACAGCUCCCCUCCUCACAAGCAGACAGCUAUGGGCCCGUCCCAAAAACGCACCGCAUCAUGACCCUUGCCGAUCACAUAUCGCACAUCAUAACACAGGACUUUGCUAAGAGUCAGGACCCUUCCACUUCAUCCUCCUCAACAUUCCAGAGCUCUGCCACAGGCCGAAUCAAACCUUCUAACCGCUAUAGCCCAGAAAACCCACCACCUGCCACACACAACCAGAGACCACCAAGCAGAGUAUCUCCUGAGAAGUCAUCCGACAAGUCACGAGCCAGGUAUAUGUAUGUGCCAGGAAGAUCUCCUGAUCGAGGUCGAGGACUGGAGAACUAUGAGCCAAUCUCUCCCCCUCAGGGUUACUCAGGGUUGGAUAAACAAGAGACCAGUGUCCAACAGAGUCAAAGACGAGAGCAGGAGCACCCCGAGCAGAGGACUGACUCUCGCUCACCAGGCAGUGGCGGAUACCUGCCCUCGUUCUUCACCAAACUGGAGAACACGUCUCCUAUGGUUAUGUCCAAAAAGCAGGAGAUCUUCCGCAAGGCUGAAAUCGGUAACGCUCAGCCGGGCACGGAGAUCUUUAAUUUACCAGCAGUAACAACAUCAAACAGCGUAAACCCCAGAAACCACUCCUUCGGUGAUCCAGCCAGUAAUCUGGGUCUAGAGGACAUCAUCAGGAAGGCUCUGAUGGGAAACAUGGAAGAGAGGCCUGAGGAACAUCAGCAGGGUGCACAGAUGGGAAACACCUCAGGCAGCAUUUCAGAAGGCCGACAGGAGUCCAAUCCUUCCCCUAAUGCUGGCAAACAGAAGCUGCAGUGCAAAGCAAGCAGUAGGAAAUCCAAGUCCCCUAACCCAAGCCAGCCGUACUCUGUUGGAGAGCGGCCGUCUUCGGUGUCAUCCGUUCAUUCAGAGGGAGAUUAUCACAGACAAGCUCCCACCUGGGCUUGGGAAGACCGCCCGUCCUCCACUGGUUCCAUGCAGUUUCCAUACAACCCCCUGACAAUGCGCAUGCUCAGUAGUACCCCUCCCACCUCCAUGGCUUGCCUGUCUCCCUCCAUGCAGUCCCAGCAGCAGACACAGGGUGGCACACCCGGCCCUAUGGCUCCAACUCGUGUGUGGGAGAGAGAGCCACCGCUGCUGUCAGAGCAGUACGAAACCCUCUCAGACAGCGACGACUGAGCCAGGUUACCAGCAUUCCUCAUCUGAAGGACCCCACAAGUGUCCACAUCCCUUACCAUUGCCCUUCUCUCUCUGUUUUAAUGGAUACCACUCACUGCCACUCGAGUGAAGGGAAGGAGGACGUCCUUUAGGUGCUAUCUUUGUGCCCACUGGUGGUCAGGAAAGAGUAUCGCAGAGGGCCGGUGCCUUUCAGGCAUGGACCUGCUGAAGCUUGGAUUUGUGGCCUGUUUGGGGAUGAGGCCUACAGCAAAUCCCAAAUCAAAUGAAAUUUGGAAAGAAAUAAUGAAGAAUUUGUAAAGAGACUUAUUUGCUGAAAAUUGCUUUCUGUAAAGAAUUUUUUUGUUUAUUUUUGUCUUUGAAAAGGAAAAAACCAAUGUAUGUAAAUAGAGUAACGUUUUGCAGUGUUUUUCCUUUAACUCCUUUUUUUCUGCGUUUUAACAUCCCUUUUUAAAUCCCACCCAGCUGGUCGAACAUGACAGUGUGGAGAAUUUUUGGUCAGAAGAGCAUUGAGCUUCCCAGAUAUGAAACUAAUGUUAAAUCAAAAAGCUAAAAAUCAUUUAUUAUUUGUGGCACUCAAUGCAGAUAUUGUGAGCAGGAUUGUUGAUGUUUUCUGUUUGCUGCCCUGUUUUUCCGCUGAUGGAAACAUUUUUUUGUAAGAGAACAGGACUAAAUAAAGACAUCAUUUCUGAUGGCUGAUUCACAGUGAAACAUGGACAUUA